AUGGUCUUCCAAGCCAUCCACUCGCUGGCGGCGGCCGUCUGGAACACAUCAGAAGAGGCGACGAUACCAGCGAGUCCGCUGCCGCUGAAUCAGACCAGCGCCAUCGGAGCCGGCGUGCCGGUGAUCGAGUUGAUACUCGGCACUAUCACUUACUUGGUAAUCAUCGCCAUGACAGUCGUCGGUAACACCCUCGUCGUGUUGGCAGUUUUUAACUACAGACCCCUCAAAAAAGUCCAGAACUACUUUCUGGUCAGCCUUGCCGCAUCAGACCUUGCUGUGGCCAUUUUCGUGAUGCCACUCCACGUCGUCAAAUUUUUGGCAGGCGGUCGCUGGCUUCUCGGCGUGGCAAUGUGCCAAUUCUUCACAACAGCAGACAUCCUGCUCUGCACAAGUUCUAUUCUGAACCUGUGUGCAAUCGCGAUCGAUCGAUACUGCGCCAUCCACGAUCCUAUCAACUACGCGUCGAAACGGACGUUGAAAUUCGUCUGUAUCGUCAUUGGAGUGGUCUGGGCGCUCUCCAUAUUGAUCUCGGUGCCACCGUUGAUAGGCUGGAACAACUGGUCUUCCCAGGUGAAGGAGGGCAUCUGCGAGCUCACCUCCGAGAAGGCGUUCGUCGUCUAUUCAGCAAGCGGUUCCUUCUUCCUCCCGCUCCUCGUCAUGAUCGUCGUCUACGUCAAAAUCUUCAUCUCGGCAAGGCAACGAAUUCGAAAAAAUCGGGGUCGCUCCGCUCUGAUGCGCAUCAACAAUCCCCCACCGGAUGAGUGCGAGAGCCGAAGAUCCACGAAGCAGCACGAACCUACCUCAUGUGGCGAGCGCACGCCGUUAGUGCACGGGGAUCAGGCUACUGUCACUUUUAACGGAAAGACAUCCGACUCGUCCAACGAGGAGACCACGACCAAGAAUAUGAAAUAUCACAAAAGUGGUAGUUCAGUUCGGAAGAGCGGAAAGAACAGUACUGCCGAGUCGCCGGAUAGCGAGAAUCCAAGCGCAGUCCUGCGAAAACGCGAGAAAAUCAGCGUUGCCAAGGAGAAGCGGGCUGCGAAGACGAUCGCCGUCAUCAUCUUCGUGUUCGUCUUCUGCUGGCUGCCUUUUUUCUGCGCGUACGUCAUCGUGCCGUUCUGCCCAAGCUGCUCGCUGCAUCCGAAGGUUGAACAAGCCUUUGUCUGGCUAGGCUACAUCAACUCCUCCCUAAAUCCCUUCCUGUACGGUAUUCUGAAUCUCGAGUUCCGACGUGCAUUCAAGAAGAUCCUAUGCCCAAAAGCAGCCCUGGCCAGCAAAAGAAGACGUUCGACCGGUCAAAAG